ACAAUCGCCGAGGUCUCCGAGACAGGCAGACGUAAGAUCACUUGUUCUCGAUAAUAGCUCACACGAAGGAUAGUACCAUGACAUUUGAUGACGUCAUCAAAGAGUUGGGCGAGUUUGGCCCGUACCAGCGCCGUCUUAUGGCCCUUGUUUUGUUCCCUCAGAUUUUGUUCGCGCUCCAGCAGAUGGUUCCUGUGUUUAUCCUGUCCGAACACUCCCACAGGUGUCGUGUAAAUAACGAAAAUGUUACCACCAACCUGUCUAGUCCGGCAAUUGUCCAGUCCGUGUCUUCCUGUGACGUCACACUAUACUACAACGACACUAACACAACACAGACAGAGACUUGUUCCUCCUGGACAUACAACACUGACCGCUUAACGAGCUCACCUAUUUCGGAUUUUGGUCUGGUAUGCAAAGACAAGAUAUUGCGGACACACGCCAGUAUGGCCUUUUUAGGAGGUAACCUGGCAGGAGCUCUCGUGCUCGGCGCCGUCGGCGACACAUUCGGUCGGAAACCUGUGGCCUGUUUUAGCAUCUUCUUCCUGGUGUUUUCGUCGAUAGCGUGCACUUGGUCAAACAACUUUUAUAUGUAUGUCAUCAUGAGAUUUCUGUCUGGAACUGGGAGUAACAUAGCGGGUAUCAAAAUCAUAGCUAUAGAGAUGGUCGGCCCGUCCUGGAGAGCGUUGGCGGGUAUCUCCACUGAGGUAAUCUUCUGUGUGGGGGAGGUAAUCCUGUGUGGACUCGCCUACUUCAUACGAGACUGGAGGUGUCUACAACUUGUUAUCUCAGCCCCUGGUGUUAUCCUGCUCCUAUAUUGGUUUGUUCUUCCAGAAUCAACGCGAUGGUUGUUGUCGAGGGGCAAAUUGGAGGAAGCUAACGAAACGCUCCGUAAAAUUGCCAAAAUGAACAAACGCCAACUCCCUAAGGAUUUUGAUAUCAAACGAACCAACGAAAAGAAAAACGUCGGAAUUCGAGAGAUAGCACCAUUGUUCAGGUCCAGGAAACACCUGAUCCGAUGGCUUAUUAACAUGUUCCUGUGGUUUGUCUUAGCCACUUCGUAUUAUGGGCUCACCUUCCACGUGGGAACACUAGGUGGGAACGUCUACUUGAACUUUCUGAUAUUCGCUGUUGUGGAAUCCGCCGGCGCCUUUGUAACACUAUAUCUCAACAACCGAUUCGGCCGGAAACUUCUGAAUAGUGUCGCCUUGCUUUUAACAUUUCUCCUCUCUGUGUUGUCAAUGGUUGCCUCGUUGUACGUGAAAGACGAGACCACGAGGCGAUGGAUCCUGAUGGGAUCGGCGACCGUCGGCCGGAUGAGUGUUUCGGGGGACUUCGCUAACGUGUUCAUCUUCACCAGUGAGAUGUUUCCAACCUCAAUUAGGAGCUUCGUCGUUGCCACAGCCAAUGUGUCAGGAAUGAUCGGUGCCACUGUGGCACCAUACAUCGCCGACCUGGGAAAUCUGGUUGAUACGAGAUUCGAAACAGCCCUACCAUACGUAAUAUUUGGUGUACUAGCUUUGAUAGCUGGACUUCUCUCCCUUGCUUUACCGGAAACACUUCAUAAACAGCUACCAGAAGACAUGAAAGAUGUUAACGUUAGUGUUACUAAAGCUUCCAAACGUUUCACAACCAUCCAACCUAGUGACACCAUCCAACCUUGUGACACCAUCCAACCUUGUGACACCAUCCAACCUUCCACUAAUGGAACGACAGCCACGGAAUUAAGAAUGGUGCACUUUGAUUCAAAGGGAUGAAAACCCUGAUAAUGUUCUGUGUGUGAUUUUUAUCAAACUAUAUGUGCAAUGUGCAAACGUUUUCGACCCAUUCAAAACUUUGCAGCUAUUGUAGUAUCGAGAUAUACAGGUUCGAUGUACCAAAGGCGUAUACUUACGUACAAGUAGACUGUGAUAGAUUGUGCUUUUAGCGUUAAGUACACGUACCAAUGAACUCUGUUAUGCAUUGGCGUUAAAGUACCAAUGAACUGUGUGUUUGUAUUGGAAUUAACAUUUCCAAUUACCGGUGUGUUUGUGUUGGCUUUAAAAUGUCCAAUUACCCGUUUUAUUGGCAUUUAGAGUUCGAAUGAAUAUUGACGUUAACGUUGCAAUGGACUAUGUUUUUGUAUUGGCAUUUGAAUU